GAAAUAAAAAAUGGGAAGGGGGAGGGGGAACCCUAAGAAAGGGAGCAUGGCGAUGGCGGGAAAUUGCAAUUUUGUUAAUAGCAAUUAUUAUAGAGCAGAAGAAAAGAAACCUGAAACCUAAUCCCCCCCCUUCUCUCUCUCUCUCUCUCUCUCUCAAAGAUCAAUUAGGAAAAUGCCGUCGUUUCCGCAGCCUGGCUCAGUCACCAUCUGCGAGAUCAACAGAGACUUGAUAACGGCCGACACCCUCUCCGACGAUCUGGCCAAGAGCACUUAUGCCAAAAUUCUCGGAAUUGUCUUCAGUCCGGUUUCUUUUCAGGCGGAUCAUCUGUUAUCAUCACCCGGCGCUGAACUGGGGACUGAUCACCAAGACAGAACUGAAGAGAGUGGUCAGCAGAAUCACUGGUCAGGACCACUUCAUCUGCUACUGAGCAAUUCACUAAAACGCUUUUUCGUCCCUAACCACGUAAAAUUGUUGCCAGAGGUUGAUCUUCAUGGUGUGAGUUGGCAUCAACAUAAGCACAUUUUAGCAUUUAUUGCUGGUCCAAAUCGUGUUGUUAUUCGUGAUUACGAGGAUUCAGAUGGGAAAGAUCCAUGCACUUUGACAAAUGAGUCUCAGAGAGAUGUUAAACUCCUUGAAUGGAGGCCAAAUGACGGGAGGACACUUUCUGUAGCGGGCAGGGGUGGCAUCUGCUUAUGGUCAGCUUCUUAUCCUGGCAACCCAGCAUCUGUGAGAUCUGGAGUUGCUUCUGGCACCCUCUCUAGGAGCUCUGGAACUCGUUGGACUCUAGUAGAUUUUCUUCGAAGUCCUGAUGGUGAACUAAUUAGUGCACUUUCCUGGAGCCCAGAUGGAAGAUAUUUGGCAUCUGGUUCAUAUGAGAACUCAUCAUUCACCAUCUGGGAUGUUGCGCAAGGGCUAGGCACCCCCAUUCGACGGGGAUUAUCUGGCAUAUCAAUGCUAAAGUGGUCACCAACUGGGGAUUAUCUUUUUUCUGCCAAGAUUGAUGGGACAUUUUAUCUCUGGGAGACAAACACAUGGACAUCAGAGCCAUGGUCAUCAACGAGUGGCCUUGUCACGGGAGCCGCAUGGGAUCCUGAUGGGCAUAUGAUACUUCUUGCUUUUUCUGAAUCUUCGACAUUGGGUUCUAUUCAUUUUGCAUCAAAGCCUCCAUCACUAGAUGCACACCUUUUACCAGUUGAUUUACCAGAGAUACAAUCCUUGACUCACAGUCGAGGCAUUGAGAAGAUAGCAUGGGAUGGUUCAGGUGAGAGGUUGGCUUUGUCAUGGAAAGAUGGGGACGAAUUGUACAAGGGCCUGAUUGCCAUUUAUGAUGUUCGAAGAACUCGCCUGAUUUCUGUCUCUUUAAUUGGCUUCAUUAGAGGGCCUGGAGAAAAUACAAAGCCAAUCUCAUUUUCAUUUCAUAACAAGUUCAAACAGGGACCAUUGCUGUCUGUGUGUUGGAGCAGUGGCUUUUGCUGUACCUAUCCUCUUAUAUUUCGUUCACAUGUUCUUCCCUAGUCAAGCAUAUUGAUGCGGUAUCACAUGAAAUACAUCUGCUCUUCAUUAAAUUUCAAUGGGGAAAGGUUGCCUUUGGCCUUUUGAAGUACGGUUUUUCUUGCAUUUUGAAGGAGAAAGUGCUAUAUACUAAUAUGCUGUUAGUGAACAAGGCCGAAAAAAUACCUUCCAGUGAUUUGCUUGGAGCACUAGAAGCAGACUGGAAGAGUAUCAGUCUAAAGACAGGUGUAUGAUUUUCAGAGAUUGCAAUGUUGCAACUGUUAACACAAAUUUGGCAGCUGCCCUACUGGAUGUUGCAUAUUGUUACGUCACUGAGAGGUCGCCCCAUUAUAUUUCAAUUUUGCUGGUCCAUUUGAGCGAGUAGGAUUUUUUAAAUCGGAACUGAAAAAUAUUCUAAUUUUCCAACUGUUUGCAUGUUGAUCUCAAUCCCAUCUUUCUUAAUGUUUAAACGUCAAUCUACCUUGUUUGUAUCGGUGGACAGAAAAUAUUAUCUUAUCAGAGCAAGUAAAUAUCUGAGUUCAAUCCAAUACAUAAAUAUUUUCA